GUCAACGUUCGCAAUCCAAGGAUGUCUUGGACGAUGGAGUUUUUCUACAAAGUGAUAGCAGGUUUUAUCUUCACUCUUCUGAUGAUGAUCUCUCAUUCUGAAGGGUUGUGUCGCCACUUUACUGUUAACAGGAUUUUACCAGGAAAGGCCAUGAUAAAUCACACAUUUAAUAGCAUCUAUCCAGUAGAUGACAGAAACCUCUGUGCAAGCAUAUGUUACUUGCAACUGCUGUGUUUUUCUUAUAAUUUCUGUGAGGACUACAUCGAUGGGCCUUUGUGUGAGCUGUUAGACUCUGACUACAUUCGUCACGGAGAAAACCUGGUAGAGAAAGCAGGCUGUACUUUCUACGGGUCAGAGUCAUCGUGUUCCAGUUAUCCAUGCUCUAACAAUGCUACAUGUCAGGGAGAUUUCCCUGACGAAGACCAACCAUAUCUUUGUGUGUGUCCACAAGGAUUUACAGGACGAUACUGCGAAAUUGAAAUUAAUGAAUGUCUGACUGGAGCUCAUUUGUGUCACGUGAAUGCUACGUGCACACAUGCCAUUGGUGGACACAACUGCACAUGCAAGAAGGGUUUCUAUGGCAACGGAAUCCAAUGCAAUGAUGAGGAUGAAUGCACRGAUGGUAYUCAUGACUGYCACGUGAAUGCCACGUGCAGCAACGUGAUUGGUGGAUAUCGAUGCACGUGCAAAGAUGGUUUCCUGGGUGACGGCUCUUUUUGUCUAAAACCCAAGUCAUGCGAGGAGCUCAAACUACUUCUACCAGACAACACCACUCAAGGGUUAUACGACCACGAACCCGUGGGGGGAGGAGUAGCCAAAGUAUUUUGCUCCUUUGAAUCGUACUCUGAGUGUGGUGCAGGCCCGUGGACGCUGGCCAUGAAAAUUAACGGCAGAUUGAAUAAUUUCRAGUACGAUUCGAUACACUGGAACCAGAAAUCAGUGUUCAACCCAAAUGGAAGUUUCGGUGGACUGGAUGGAGAAGAGACUGUAUCCCCAGCAUAUUGGACCACACCCCUAACAAAGKUAUGUCUGGGCAUGAAGCACAACAAUGUACUUACCUGGAUCCUUAUAAGCAUCAACGCCCCGUCUCUGUACGAUGUUAUGGCCAACGAGAGGAAUGUCAUGACUUAUCUGGGUGAACAAAAGUGGAGAUCGUUGCUACCGAAAACAUCUUUGGAAGCAAACUGUAACAUGGAAGGGUUUAAUCUGAGAUGUGAAAAAAAUCCAAACACUAGGAGACUUCGUUUAGGUUUUUUUACCAAUAACGAAGAUAACUGUUUGUCCUGCCAGUCUUAUGUUGGUUUGGGUCCCGUGGUCAAGCAAAGCAACGUGCCAACCUGUGGUAAUCAUGCGGUGGAAAGGAAUGCCGAUUUUGGUCCUCAAAAUUACGCUGCCUUUUGCUAUAUUCUGAUACAAUGAAUCAAAACUAAAUUGAAUAAUCUCGAUUUGUGAGUUUGCAUGAGACCAAAGAAAAUGACUAAUUCAAUAAUUUUGCAAUUUAGGCAAAAGUAGAGUUAGAAUAAUGAAUUUGAUGCUAAAAAAGCUGGUGAAUGAAUUUAUCAUCAUCAUCAUGUAUCACCAUC